CCAUUAUCGGAUCAACCAUUUUGUCUCCGAAACUUCGAACUGCGCACUUCUGUUUACGAUACCUCUAAAGGGGACAUAGUCAAUUUUUCUAUAUUUUGCUACUUCGCGAAUACGAAACGAUGGGAGCAUAUGGUGGUCCCCAGCUCCUCUUCUUUUGUUUCCGUAACCGGUAAAUUGGUCGGCUGUACUCCAUCGAAUCAACUUGCAGUAAGAAUUUUGGAUGUGACCUAUCUCCCGAAAACGACCCCGUCCUCUCACUCUCCUACCUCCUCUGCCGAUUCAACUUCCGUCAAGCGUCAAAGCCGUUGGAGUGGCCGCGCAGACUCAACCCCGACCAAAAAAUCCCGCAUGCAGUCAUCCAUGGAUUCUGUGCAAGACGAUACCGAAACGAUCCCCAUUGACAAGAGUGACACAAUGACCCCAACUCCGACGACCCAAGACGAUACAAGUCAAGUACCACGGCACCUCGACUCACCUUCGUCGGAUACCGAGUUAAGAGAAACAACAUCCACCAUUUCACUACUCCCGGCAACUCGGCCACAACGACAUCGGCAGCCACCAAAGCACCUUUGA